CUCUGAAAAGACACAAAACUGAGCUAGCUUAUUCUGUGUAGCUAGCUUUGGAGUAGCUCUCAAUUUCUAUAUGAUUUCCUUUGAAGCUCUCUUCUCCCCUCCAGAUAUGAUCAGGAAUACGAUCCCGGAAUUUGAGAAUUCAUCAAAGAAGAGAAAGUUGGAAGAUUCACAUGAUGAUCAUGAAGAAACUUCGGACAAGCGAUCCAAACCUGACAGUAUGAAAUCGAUGUUUGAUAUGGAGCUACACCUCGAGACUCCAUUACCUUCGGAGUGGCAAAAAUGUCUUGAUAUUCAGUCAGGGCAGAUACACUUCUACAAUACAAGGACUCAUAGAAGAACCUCAAAGGACCCAAGGAGAAGCCCUGAACCCCCAAGCCCUGGUCAUAUGAGCUUAGAUCUCGAGCUAAACCUACCGUGUGAUUCAUCGGUAAGGAAAGUUAAUGCAGCAGAUCAAUUAUUCAACAAGCAAAACUCUGUCAGCCCCACGAGGGACAGUUCGGUCGAUAAGAAGAUCCAAUCAUCAGGAGGACUAACUCGCAACCUUUCAUGGUUGGUGGAGGAGGACGAUCAGAAAGAGCAAGAGAUGGUAGCAACGGUGUGCAUGAGGUGCCACAUGCUGGUGAUGCUUUGCAAGUCAUCGCCUGCAUGCCCUAACUGCAAAUUCAUGCACCCACCAGACCAAGGCCCUCCAAAGCAAUUCAAGCAAAGGCUUAGCCUUCUAUGCUAGUAAGGUCAAUCAAGUUUCUUUUUUAUGUUCAGGAUAACAAAUCCACUCCAAUGUAAGUUGAUUAAAAUUUGUAUCGCUUAAUUCGUCUUGAAAAGCUAAAUAGUCUUUUCUAGAUGCCUUAGCUGAUUUAUAUAUAUACAUGUUAUUAAUAUAUAUAAGCUUCCUAUC